UGCAUCCAACGCAAGUCAUACGCGGACACUAGACGCGAAGAGAUGCUUUGAUUCCUUUUCUUUUUCUUAAUCUCCAAGAAAAAUAAUAACAGAGAGAGAGGCCAGAGAGGAAGGGAAUAUGAAUUUUGUUUUUGUCUGUCAUUAUAAAUAGAGCCCCUGAGUUCUCCACAAAUCACAAGCUCUGCAACUUCUAAAUUGUAACCAGUCCAAUCCAAUCCAAUCCUGUUGAAGAAAACCCAGGAAUAGCAAAUAUGUCCGAUGAUGAACAAAACGUCGUUGAGUUGGUCAACAGCGAACCCCACGACUUUCGCUCCCUGCUUUCUUCUUCUGGGAGGGACUUUCUUGUCCGCAACAAUGGUGAUCAGAUUAAAAUUGAAAGCUUGGAGGGGAAAAAGCUUGGGUUGUACUUUUCUGCAUCAUGGUGCGGUCCAUGUCAACGGUUCACCCCGGCUUUAGUGGAGGCCUACAAUGAACUUUCUCCAAAAGGUGAUUUUGAGGUUGUAUUUAUCUCAGCUGAUGAAGAUGACGAGUCAUUCAAUGGGUACUUCUCAAAGAUGCCAUGGCUUGCAAUUCCGUUUUCUGAUUCAGAGGCACGUGAUCGUGUGGAUGAACUGUUCAAGGUCAGAGGGAUACCCCAUCUUGUGAUCCUUGGUGAAGAUGGCAAAGUUUUGAGUGACAGUGGAGUUGAGAUUAUUCAGGAGUAUGGAGUAGAUGGCUACCCUUUUACACCACAAAAGAUAAAAGAACUAAAAGAUCAAGAAGAAGCUGCCAGAAGGGAUCAGUCCUUGAAAACAAUCUUGGUCUCUCGCUUACGUGACUUUUUAAUUUCAAAUGACGGAAAGAAUGUGCCUGUCUCAGAACUUGAAGGGAAGAUAGUAGGUCUCUAUUUUUCAUUGUCUGCAUACAGUCCAUGCGUUGAUUUUACUCCAAAACUUGUGGAGGUUUAUGAGAAGCUAAAAGCAAAUGGAGAGAGCUUUGAGGUUGUGGUAAUACCACUUGAUGAUGAUGAAGAUUCAUUCAAGCAAGAUUUUAAGAACAUGCCUUGGUUUUCUUUGCCCAUCGGGGACAAAAAUGUUGGGAAGUUGGCUCGAUACUUUGAGCUUUCAACCUUACCCACUUUGGUUAUUAUUGGGGCAGAUGGUAAAACUCUUAGUAAGAACGUUGCUGAGGCCAUUGAAGAGCAUGGGGUUCUGGCUUACCCCUUCACACCAGAGAAGUUUGAAGAGCUCAUUGAGAUAGAAAAGGCAAAGGAGAAAGCUCAAACCCUGGAGUCAAUUUUGGUAUCUGGGGAUCGAAACUUUGUCAUUGGAAAAGGUGGAACUGAGAUUCCUGUGUCAGAUCUGGUGGGGAAGAGCAUCCUCCUUUAUUUCUCAGCUCAUUGGUGCCCUCCAUGUCGUGCCUUUCUACCAAAACUUCUUGAAGCCUACCACAAGAUAAAGGCAAAGGAUGAUGCAUUUGAAGUUAUUUUCAUCUCUAGUGACAGAGACCAAGGCGCUUUUGAUGAGUUUUUCUCUAGAAUGCCAUGGCUUGCUCUUCCCUUUGGUGACUCAAGAAAAGCAUCAUUAAGCCAGAAAUUCAAGGUGCAAGGCAUCCCCAUGCUUAUAGCCAUUGGUCCUACUGGCCAAACAAUCACAAAAGAAGCAAGAGACCUCGUUAUGCAGCAUGGGGCAAAUGCUUAUCCUUUCACUGAAGAGCGGCUGAAAGAGAUAGAAGCAGAGUUUGAGGAGAUGGCAAAAGGGUGGCCUGAGAAGUUGAAGAGUGCACAGCAUGAGGACCACGAGCUCGCGCUUGCUCGCCGUAGAGGUUAUGUAUGUGAUGGGUGUGAUGAGCCAGGAGAAGAGGGGUGGUCAUUCUACUGUGAGGAGUGUGACUUUGAUCUCCACCCAAGGUGUGCAUUGGAGGAAGAUAAAGGAACCAAAAGUGAUGCCAAGCAGGAACAGGAUCCUCCUCAAGAAGGAUGGGUGUGCGAUGGUGAUGUGUGUAAAAAAGCUUAAGAACAAGUAUGUGUGUGAUUUAGGGCUUAAAAUCUCAUAUGUAGAUUAUUAGAGACUUGUCUAUGUUGAAUAGUUUCUUUCUGUUGUGUCCCAAUGUAUUGUCGUUUCAGAUGGUGCAGUGUUAUUCUAUUAUAAGAUCUGGUGAUGUUGUGCAUUGAUAUCGAACUCAAACUUUCCUCGGCAAUUCCCAAUUAUUUUUUAUUUUACAAUC